CCUUAAGUUCCUUCAAACGUCCCCAUUCACAUCUGCACACGUACACAACACUCUCUUGGUUCUGCUCUUGUGAUCAGCAUGAGUUAUCCACUGGUGAUUCUGCUCUGUGUGGGACUUCUGCAUCAGACUGCGAGAGCUGUCGUCAUGGACAAACUAGCAGACAACAAGAUCUGUGGCGAUGCAGAAUGCUCAUAUGUUCUGUCCAUGGCCACAGCCCUGGAUGACUUCAUUGCUCCUGACUGCAGAUUCAUCAACAUCAGGAAGGGUCAGAUGGUUUAUGUGUAUUCUAAACUCGUACCAGCAGAGGGCACUGGAGUCUUCUGGUCUGGAAGUGUUUACAGUGAGCGGUAUGUGGACCAGAUGGGCAUCAUCGGAUACUUUCCUGCAACUGUGGUGAAGGAGACGCACAAGUUUGCGGUAGAAACGGUUAAGAUGCAAACAACUGACAUGGACUUCUACUGUGACUAAGGCAUGGCAGACUGGAAACUUCCUUUCAAGCUUUUCUUUUUGUAGCUCUGACUUUAACAGGAGAGUUAUUCAGUUGAGUCCCUGUGUCAGACUGUGUCAUUAUAUCCUGUUGUGUCUAGACAUUCAAGCGCUCUGUGUUGCUUAAGAUAUUUUGCUCAAUAAACCUUUUUUCCCCCACAUAAAUCCAAAA